GGGGUUGACAACAAAUGUCACCAAACAAUAUGUGUACUAACUGUUUAAUACGAAGCUAUUUUGCUUUGUAAACCUUCAUCUAAAGUACAAAAAAGAAAAGUGUCCUUCUCAUAUUGAGUUUAACGAGAUGCUAUUUUCCCCUCAUUUGCUAUUUAGAAUGCUCUGUUGUAUAGUUUAACAGUCUGCACCAUUAAAGGUUAUCAAAUGCCAAAAAACAAAAAACAAAAAAACAAACUGUGUUAAGUCAUGUUGAUAGUGUAUACCUUGAUCUGAUAUGAUGAGAAUGACCAUUUACUUUCGUGGUCUUCCUCCCAACAACCCGUAACUCCAGUCUAAUCACGAGAAAAACAUCAAACAAAUCCCAAUCGAGAGACAUUCUGCAAAGUACCUGACCAGUACUCCUCACACUGUUAAAAGUUAUCAAAAACAAGAAAAUCUGAGAAACUGUCACCAGCAAGAGGAUCCUAAAGAGAUAUAACCAGUAAAUGUAAUGUGGUAUCCUGAUAGGAUUUGGGAACAGAGAAAGGAAGGAAAUCAGAAUAAAAUAUUAGUUAAUAAUAAUAUAUCAAUAUUGAUUCAUUAAUUGUGACAAAGUUACCAUACUAAUAUGAGAUGUUAAUAAUAGGGAAACUGGGUGUGAGGUAUAUGAGAACUCUUUGUACUAUCUUUGCAACUUUUCUGUAAAUCUAAAAUUAUUCUAAAGUAAAUAAAAUAACUUUAAAAAUCAGCCAAAUGCAUUUGUUCUGAAAACUUCCAAUUAAAACUAAUGGCUGCUCUCCUUAAAAACAAAAAGAAAAUAAAAACAGGGCUCUGUGACUCUCUGGUUUCUGAGUUGGGUGACCAUUAUCAGGACCACAAAGUCAGCCCCGGUUCUCCCCAUCCUUUCAUUCAUUCGUCUAUGAGGCAGAGCAGAGAAGGUGGGUUGCCUAGGAAGGAAGGACUACAACUCCCAGAGUGCCCCAGUGUGGUUGUCAGCAGCAACCAAGGAAUGCAGACUAACAGCCCAGCUGGAGUCUGAGGGACUAUUCAUCUACUGCCUGCCAGCCAGCCAGCCAUGGGCCAAGAUUAUUACACCGUGCUCCAGAUCACUCGAAAUUCAGAAGAUGCCCAGAUCAAGAAGGCGUACCGGAAACUUGCUCUUCAGAACCACCCCCUGAGGUCAGUUGAGCCAGCUUCAGCGGAGAUAUUCAGGCAAAUAGCAGAGGCCUACGAUGUGCUGAGUGACCCUGUGAAGAGAGGCAUCUAUGACAAGUUUGGAGAGGAGGGCCUGAAGGGCGGAAUCCCUCUGGAGUUUGGAUCACAGAUCCCGUGGACAACUGGUUACGUCUUCCACGGCAACCCUGAAAAAGUUUUCCAUGAAUUCUUCGGGGGAGACAACCCUUUCAGUGAGUUUUUUGAUGAAGAAGGAAGUGAGGUGGAUUUGAACUUUGGGGGGCUCCGGGGCCGAGGGGUCAAAAAGCAGGAUCCCUCAAUUGAACGAGACCUCUACCUGUCCCUGGAAGACUUGUUCUUUGGCUGCACCAAGAAAAUUAAGAUCUCCAGAAGGGUGCUGAAUCCCGACGGGUACUCCUCCACCAUCAAGGACAAGAUCCUGACAAUUGAUGUGAAGCCUGGCUGGAGGCAGGGCACACGCAUCACCUUUGAGAAGGAAGGGGACCAGGGCCCCAACAUCAUCCCAGCCGACAUCAUCUUCAUUGUAAAGGAGAAGCUUCACCCUCGUUUCCGCAGGGAGAACGACAACCUCUUCUUUGUGAACCCCAUCCCCUUGGGCAAGGCUCUUACCUGCUGCACUGUGGAAGUGAAGACCUUGGAUGACCGUCUGCUCAACAUCCCCAUCAAUGACAUCAUCCACCCCAAGUACUUCAAGAAGGUGCCAGGUGAGGGGAUGCCAUUGCCUGAGGAUCCCACCAAGAAGGGGGACCUCUUCAUCUUCUUCGACAUCCAGUUCCCCACCCGCCUCACACCCCAGAAGAAGCAAAUGCUGCGCCAGGCAUUGCUGACAUGAUAUGGUGGGCUGGAGGCCAGAGCAGGGGUGGGAAAAGGCCAGCCA